AUGUUCGGUUGUCCCGGUAAGAUGGGCCGCGGCGGCGGGGGAGUCGCCCGGAAGAGGAACAUUCACGCGCCGCCAAUCAGCCGCGCCGUCCGUCCGUCCAUGGGCGGCGGCCCUCGGGGACGCAGCGUGGCGCCACCGGCGGCAGCGUCGUCCCCGUCCACCUCUUCGAUGCAGGUGGAUGAGAGUUUCAGCCUUGUCAGGGAGAAUCCUUUGAAUUUCGGGAUGGCGAUAAAGCUGGCGCCUGACCUGGUGGAGGAGAUCAAGCGCGUGGAGGCAGAGGGUGGCGGUGCACGCAUCAAGUUCGACGUGAAUGCGAAUAAUCCCAGUGGGAAUGUUAUUCAUGUUGGAGAUAAAAUCUUCAGAUUCACGUGGUCUAGGGAACCGGGAGAUUUGUGCGACAUUUAUGAAGAACGUCAAAGUGGUGAAGAUGGAAAUGGGUUUCUUGUUGAAUCAGGUGGCACUUGGCGUAAGCUGAAUGUAGAGCGAGAACUAGAUGAAUCGACUAAAAAUCAUGUUAAAAGGCGAUCAGAAGAAGCUGAGCGCAAGCAUAAAUCACGAAAAGCUAUUGUAUUAGAUCAUCAAAACCCCUCUAUGAAGAAUCAAGUAAAGGCUGUCGCUGCUGCUGAAAAUUCUAAGAACCGGAAAGAACCUCCUUUCAAAAAGGCGAAACUGGAUCUACCUUCAGGCGGGCCUCCUAAAUCUGCCAACAAAUCUACUAUGCUGAAAACAACUCUUUCCAAGGGUAAAAUCUCAUCUGGCUCACCUGUGGCUUCCCAACCAGAACAACAUGGUGGGCCAGCGUCCCCAGCUGGAGGUGGCAAUCAUGUGAAUGGACAUGUUGGCAUUACAGAUGCCGCACGCACUCAAAAUACGAACAUUAUUGCCAGCGCAGGGAAAGAAAUGCCCAGCAAGUGGCCGCAUGGUAUUAUCCGAGGCAAAUCUAAACACAGUAGAAACACGGAGGCCAAACCUACUGAUUUGAAAAGUUUGGUGAUCUCAAUACUUCAAGAGAACCAGCCUAAGGGUAUGAGCCUUAAGGCCUUGGAGAAAGCCAUCGGAGAGGUUAUGCCCAACUCAGCCCGUCAAAUUGACCCUAUCUUGAAACAAGUUGCAGUUUUUCAAUCUCCUGGGAGAUAUUUAUUGAAGCAAGGGCUAGAGAAGGAAAGCGUGAAGAAACCGCCUUCUCAAAGUGGAAGUUCCCCAGCCGCCUACCGCCACCAAAUGAACCCCAUGGCAACAUCUGCCAACAACGAGCAAGAACACGAAGAACUCAACUCUACUCCUCCACGCACCACAGAUGAGCCCGCUGAUAAAACCGACACAGUUCCGAGCCUGCCCAAACAACAGCUCAGCGACAGCAAGGCUGCCGCAGGAAACAGCUCGAGCGAUAGUGGCAGCUCGAGCGACAGUGGCAGCUCGAGCGACAGUGAUAGCAGUGACAGCGGUAGCUCGAGUCGGAGCCACAGCAGCCAGCAGGCGUCCGACGAGGAUGUCAACAUCAUGAGCGAUGAGGAGCCGCCGCCGAGGCCCCAGCCGUAUGGUCCCCACCGAGGUGCUAAUUGUGUAUCUCCCGAGAGGUUUAUGAGCGGGAAGGACUCGAGCCAGCCGGUUGCAGGGACUAUAAGCUCUCUUUUUGGGCCCUCAAAGAGUCCCGAGAAGAGUCCCGUCGUAGAUAUUAUGGCGGAUAAUGAUGAUGAUCUAAGAAGGGAGUCUCCUGAGGUUCGUGCGUGGGUCGGGGCACAAUUGGGAGAAAAUGUUGCCGGUACAGCAGAUAGAUUGCCCAUGCCAAACGGGCGUGGCAGUGUGCUCCAAAACGAGUAUUCGGAUUUGGAGUUGGGCGAGUUUCGAGAGCCUGUUGAGGAUGCUACACCUUUACCGAAGAAGCAGAUUGAUAGAAAGAAUUCUUUCAAACAGAUGGAGAACAACAAGUCGAUGGAUUUCGAAGGAAGGAAUUCUGAUUUAGGAAGAGGGAAAGCACUUGACUGUAAGAUCAAUGCGGAUUCAGGGCUUAAAUUGUCAUCUCAGAAUUCAGAGGCAGUGGUUUCUGGGAUGACAGAUGGACUGUCGAAAAGAAAGGCUUUGGAAAUGGGUAAUAAAAGUAGAUUUGCUGAUGCUGGGCCGGGCCGGGCCCGAAGCUCGGAAGGUCAUGGUGAUGUCACUAGAAGAAUGCCUGUCAGUUCAGCAGAGCAGCAGCAGAAGAAGCAUGACCCUGUUCGAGGAGUUGGGCCCUUUCCAUUAAAAGGAAGCAAGAAACAGAAAUCAAAUGCGACGGGCGAUUUGAAUGGCAGGCAAGUAGAUGCUUCUUCGAGAGGUACCAACGACAGUGGUCAAAAGAAGAAAGAAUCUUCUCGAGAUGUGGACAAUUUGUAUGCCAAAUACGAUAAGAAAGAGCCUGAGCUGAAGAGUCCAAUAAAGGAUGUUUCUCAGUACAAAGAAUAUGUGAAGGAAUAUCAAGAGAAAUAUCAGAGUUAUCGUUCCUUGAGCAAAAUCUUGGAGGAUUACAGGGAUGAAUUCACUAAAUACGGCAAGGACCUCGAGACUUAUAAAGGAAGGGAUAUGAAGAGAUAUCAUGAGAUCUUGAAGCAGAUGAGAUUAUCAUUUCAUCAAUGUGGAGAGAAACAUAAACGGCAGAAGAAAAUAUUUAUCGUGCUCUAUGAAGAACUAAAGCAUUUGAAACAGAUGAUCAAGAAUUAUACAGCCUCGUAUAAAUGA